GUUAGGACUUUUCUUUUUCCUGUUAUCCCUUCAAAAUAUCCCCGGUUCAGAUCCAUCCAGCUCUCUUUCAAUCGCUGAGCGACGAAACCCUAACCCUAAAAUCGCAGGGGUUUAUCCAUGGCAGCGCUCGGCGGCGGCGGCGGCAUGGAAGAGUCGGGAUUAGAUGACACCAGAUUUGAUGCAUCACAGUAUGCCUUUUUUGGCUACAAUGUGAUGGAGGAGAUUGAAUUGGGUGGAUUGGAAGAUGAUAAUGACAGCAACGCUGCUUUCGUUGGACUCAAUGGUGUUGAGCGCCCACUUUCUUCUCAAGAGAAUGCGCUAGAGGCUGAAGAUAUAGGUUUAUUUUCAGAUGUUGAUGAUCUUGCUAAUACAUUCUCAAAGCUGAGAAGAGAUGUUAAUGAACCAAAGCACAUUGGAAUAAAUAACCAUGGGGUUCUUUUUUCAAGAGAAAGUUCUACAGCAGCUGACUGGGCUCCGGAAUUUGAAUCCUUGUGCUGGCCUGAUCAGUAUGUGCUAGGCGCGAAGCAAGGGAAGGAUGGCAAUGGCUGGUGGUCUCAACAACAUCAUUCUUCUCACUUUGCUGAUUCCAGAUUGCACAGAACAUCCUCAUCCCCUCAGCAACAGGAACAACACAAUCCUAGUGAACCUGUUCGCGGACCAAGGCCAUCUCCUUUGCACCGGACAUCCUCAUACCCAGAAAAGGAGCCUCAAUACAAUCCUACUGAAGCCAUUCCUGCUCUAAAAUUACCAUACAUUUCACACCCUCCACCUGGUGGGCCACCCAAUUCAUUGCCUGGACAACCGCAUCAGAUGAACAUUCCACCUUUCAAUGAAUUUCAGAUGCAUAUGUCUGCACAAAGUGAAGCUCCACUCUCCCAGUUCCCUCAUGGAGGGACACCUCCAGAGUCAUUAUUUGGUGGAAACCUGGAUAAUAUAGUUUCAACAGGCUUUUCAACUAACAGCAGUGGACUACAAAAUCAUCUGCUGAAUAAUGGACAAUUUCCUAAGGAAGCUGCAAGGAUUAUGCCCAAUUUGGUGCAGAACCAUCUGCAAUGUCCAAAUGGAUUUGUCCCCCCUCAAAUGGUCCCAUUGCGCCAACAGCAUGGAAUGUUCCAAAUUCAGCAAUCUCCGCAACACUUAGCAAGGAUGCAGGCCCAGAUGUUUUGUCCCCAGCAUCCACCACGAAUGAUGAAUAGGUUUGAUAAUUUUGGGAUGCCUGAGUUGAGCGAUCCAAGGGCAAGAUCAUCAAUGCAACAUGGAAGGCAAGGCUUUCGUUUUCCUCUGCAAGGUUCUGAAUUUGGUACUAUGAGGAUGGAUAAUGGGAGGCCAAGGUUUAGAUCCAGGUACAUGUCUACGGAAGAACUUGAAAACAUUUCAAGAAUACAGCAUGCCGCCACUCACAUAAAUGAUCCAUACAUCGAUGAUUACUACCACCAAGCUUGUCUAGCCAGAAGAUCUGUGGAUGCAAGGUUGAAGCACCACUUCUUCCCAACCUUGAUCCGGGAUCCAUCUUCUCAUGCUCGCAGCAAGGAUGAGCCACAUGCAUACCUUAAGGUCGAUGCCCUUGGGAGACUCCCAUUUUCUUCCAUCCGGAGGCCACGUCCACUUCUUGAUGUUGAACCAGCUUCUACAACUGAUGAUAACACUCUUGAAAGGUCUGUUUCAAAGCCUCUGGAUCAGGAACCUAUGCUAGCUGCUAGGGUCACAGUUGAGGAUGGCCUCUGCCUACUACUUGAUAUAGAUGAUAUUGAUCGCUUGCUGCAAUUUAGCCAGCAGAUAGAUGGUGGUCUGCAACUUAGGAACAGAAGACAGUCUCUCCUUGGUCAGCUGGCAGAAUCACUUCAGUUGGUUGAUCCGCUAGGUCCAAAUAAAACUGAACAUUUGUCAGCAAAUGAUGAUUUGGUAUUCCUUCGCAUAGUUUCUCUACCUAAGGGUCGGAAACUACUGUCCCGCUAUCUCAACCUUAUGGUUCCUGGUAGUGACCUUGCACGGAUAGCUUGCAUGGCAGUCUUCCGGCAUCUGAGAUUUGUGUUUGGCAAUUUGCCCUCUGAUUGUGGUUCAGCUGAGACAGUUACUAAACUAGCCAGUGCUGUAGCUGCAUGUAUUUGUGGGAUGGACUUAAGUGGCCUCAGUGCUUGUCUUGCAGAAAUUGUGCGCUCGUCAGAGCAUCCGCCUCUUCGACCCCUUGGGAAUGCUGCUGGUGAUGGGGCUACUGCCAUCAUAAAGUCUGUUCUGGACAGGGCGACAGAGCUUCUUACUGAGCAGCUUGCUGCAUCAAACUACAGUGUUCCAAACCGAGCCCUAUGGCAAGCAUCGUUUAAUGCUUUUUUUGGGCUGCUUGCAAAGUACUGCGUAAGUAAAUUUGACAGCCUGGUUCAUACAAUGCACAAGCACCCUGCUGCUGCAACAGUGAUAAGCAGGGAACUGCCUAUUGAGCUUCUGCGUGCCAGUCUUCCUCAUACAGAUGAGCAACAGCGCAGACUAUUACUUGAGUUCGCCCAACGGUCUGUACCUGUCACUGGGCAUAAUUCUCACGGGGCUGCUGGUGGACCCAUGACAUCUGAAUCAGUCCCAAGUUGAGGUGGUCUCCCAGCAUAAGUUGAAGCAUUAGAUACAGUUUUUCUUCUAUCCUAUAAACUUGCACAAUGAAUUGGGCGUCCGAUGUGCCUUUCCCAUCAGAAAAGAGGUCAAAGAUGUGAUCUGUAAGGAGCACAAGCUACAAACUGAGUUGGAUGGAGUAUGGGCGCUGGCAGUAAUCUGGUUGUAUAUUUCCAGGUUUUCUUGGACUGAAUGCAGUCUGUGCCUUUGUUGAGCUACAGUAUUUACUCUGCGUUGUUGUAUCACCCUACCAGUCGAAUUAGCAGGAUAGGUUCCUUCUGCAGGCUGUGUUUUGUUGCCCAUGGGAGGAAACCCCUGCGGUUUCUAGGUUAGCGGCUGUACAGGUCGUUCCUUCUCCAAGAAAGUAUCCCAAGUUGUCUUGUUUUACUUUGAAUUUACGGGAGGUUUUGCAGUCGUAUGAAGCCCUUUAGUGGGAACAUUACCAAGAUUGCUCUUUUCCUAUUAUAUUCCUAAGUGAAUACAUUUGUGAAGCUGUCAACUUUGUAAUGAGCUCAGUGAAUUGAAUUCCACUAUAAAUCCUUGUUAUUGAUGAUGA